AUGAUAUUUUGUACACUUAUAUUAUCAGUACAGAUACUUCUAGUAUUAAAUGAAAAACCAGAAAUGGCAUUAAAAAUAUCUAAACAAAUUGAUCACGAAAAAUGUGUACUAAAAUUUUACAACAUAAAUUUCAAAAGUGAACAUUCUUAUGAAGUUCGCGACUACACUACGAUAACAGGGUUCGAAGACAAUAUAGGUCUUAUACUUCACGAAUUCAGUAAAUAUUAUUUAUCGGUAUUUCCUACUGAGACAAAAGUAAAUGAUUUAAGUAAAGGAUUAGAAACCAAUUCAAGCAAUGUAUAUGAUUUACGAAUACGAAAUGACUAUGUGGUAAAUAUAUGUUUACAUAUUGUACGAUGUAUGGAUUAUUUGUACGUUAGCCGAUUAUACAGAAAUAAAAAACUGUUCAAUAUGUACAAAUCGCAUAGCCUGCUUUGUAGAAAAAUAGAACUAUUUUUCACAGAAUAUUGUAAAGAAUCGGAAGUCACCGAUGACGAAAUAACUAUCAGUUGCGAUGUCAAAAAUUUACAUAUUGUCUUAAGAGAAAUUUUAUAUUUAAAAAAAAUUAUUGAGGAAGAAUCCCUUAAUUACCAAGGAUACAAGGCAUACCAGAGUUAUGCUAUAAAAUUUGUAAAAUUAGAAUUCGAACUCAUGAGUGGUAUUGAUUGGACGGAUACAUUUAUUCAUGCAAAUGCCAGCUACGAUAUUUUUAAACAAACGCCAACACAGAAAGUUGUACGACUUAAUUAUCAAAAACUAUGCGGUACAAUAAAUUUAGAAAAAGAAUUAAAAAACUAUUGUAAAAAUUAUUCUAAAGACAUUGAAACAAAUAAAUGUGCACCACUGUUGUUAACUAAGUUUAGAUCAACAUCUGAAGAGGUAAAAAAUUUAAUAAUCUAUUCGCUCCAAAGGCUUGAAGAGUAUUUUACAUUUAUACUUCAAAGCUCCAAUAAUACCAUGUACCAAUUAAACGAGGACCAAAUCAAUCAAAAUGUGUUAAGUCCAUUUAAAAAAUUAUGUGGUGAUAUACCGGAAAUACUUCUGUAUAUACAUGAACAUCAAACCAAUGACCCGAUUGACUUAACUUUAUUUAAUUUAUUUUUGUCACUUUGCGGAAAUAACAUGGAUUUUAUCGAUCUCCGAUGUCCUGCAAAAUACGGAGGUGAAUUUGAUAGCAAUUUAUUAUAUCAAGAGAAAUGUAUUAAGGAAGCGAUAAGAGUUAAAUUACUGUGGAAUUUUUAUGUUCGUAAUGAUAAACUUUUGGAGGUAGAUCAAUUCACGACAAAUUCAGAAAUUAAUACUCAAUGUGCCGAUUUAAAUUACAAAUAUAUUAAGGAUAUUUCUACAACCCUUACUGAUUUCUACAAUAAAAAAGGAAACGAAGUCAUAAUAUGGACUACGUAUGAUUGGUUAAGUUUAAAAUAUUUACUCACCGAAGUAUACGAAGAUAAUAUCGACAUUAACGNACUGUGGAAUUUUUAUGUUCGUAAUGAUAAAAUUUUAGAAGUAGAUCAAUUCACGACAAAUUCAGAAAUAAAUACUCAAUGUUCCGAUUUAAAUUACCAAUAUAUUAAGGAUAUUUCUACAACCAUUACUGAGUUCUACACUAAAAAAGGAAACGAAGUCAUAAUAUGGACCACGUAUGAUUGGUUAAGUUUAAAAUAUUUACUCACCGAAGUAUACAAAGAUAAUAUCGACAUUAACGGGAUAAAAUACAAUAAGAUGGACAUAGAAAAUGUACCAUUUACAUUUUCGGAGAUUUACAAUUAUUUUUUACCUGUGAAUGCAAGUAUCACUAAAUUUUUUUUUUUCCAAAAUAUCAUUUUAUGUAAUUAUCUGGACGAAAUAAUGAAUAUGUACGUUUACCGACAUGCAAUAUCGAUUGUUGUUUACUUUGAGAAUCGAGUCUAUGACAAGGAAAACGAAAUAAAAAUAUCAAGCUUGAGGNUAUUUUUUACCUUUAAAUGCAAAUAUCACUAAAUUUUUAUUUUUACAAAAUAUCAUUUUAUGUAAUUAUCUGGAUGAAAUAAUGAAUAUGUACGUUUACCGACAUGCAAUAACGAUUAUUGUUUACUUUGAGAAUCGCGUAUAUGACAAGAAAAACGAAAUAAAAAUAUCAAGCUUGAGGAACUCUCUUAGGUGGUAUGAAAAAAGCCGAUAUAAAUUCUUUUUAAGUCUAACUCUUAAAUGUGAAACUAAGGACAGUGUAUUAAAAAUAAUAACAGCUAUUAAUAAAUUUAAAAAGAAUAGUGAUUAUUUAGAAAUUCGUAACAACAUACCAAGUCCUGCAUACGUAGAACUAUUUAAUGCAAUCAAAAGUAAAGUAUUUUCUUCAGAUAAGAUUGAAAGUUUUUACCGCACUUUGAAAGAAAAUUGUUUGACAGCUAUUGAUUUUGUAAGCAAAUUUGUUGAUAUCGUACGUAAAUCGAUUAAAGUAAUAAACCCUUCUAAUUCACAUUAUGAUUCAAACAUUGACGAAUUACCGUGUCAUGAUUUAACGUAUUCCCCUAAAUGAGAUUCUUGGUGGCCAUGUUAUUAACAAUACUAAAACUAAGAAAUUUUUUUAUUUAAAAAAUUCACAAAAGUCCGUAUAAUAGUUCUGAGAUAAUUAGUUCAAUUUAAUGUACAUAGUAUGAUAUAUUAGUUUGAAGACAACUGGGCUGCUAAAUCAAAUAGUCUACUGCCGAAUUCUCGUUUUUUCCGCAUAAAUGUCUACAAUAGUGAUGAUAACUAAGAGAGUGUCUAUUUAUUUUUAUAUUUAUAUACUUUUUUGUAUUAUCUAUCAUUUAUUGGUUUACGUUUUAAAAAGUCUAUUGCUAUUUAAUGGCCUGAAGUUUCUAUAGUAAACUAUUUGUUUUGUUGGCUAUAACUAGCACGAGGCUCGUUAGAAUAAUAUUCUACAUAAUUUUUUCCGUACGGUUACCUAAUGUAAUAAUUACCUAUUUUAUUGAAUAAUAAUAUCCAAUAUUCUCUCAAUCACCUAGGUUUAAAAUAGUAUAUUAUUUAAGAGGAUAAGAGUAGUGUAAU